CAGUCUUUUUGCUGAUUAUGGCCGCGUCCAGACUGUAGGGCUUCGGGCGUGUUUUAAUGGCUAUGCCCAGCCAAGGAGUCUGGGGUCGUGUUCGGGAGAGAUUACGACGCUUCCCCGCUUUACUGGCGAAUUGUGAGGAGCAGGCUUCAGUCUAUGGCAAGUGUGUUGCCUCCAAGGCAACAGGUCAUGGAGAGCUGAAGAAGGAUGUAUGCGCCAAGGAAUUUCAGAUGCUGAUGGAGUGCUUCACAAAAGCAGCAAAGAGCAAUGUAAAGUAAAGCUCUGAAGCGGACAUUACCAACUGCACACCUGGAUUUAUAGUUGCUUUCGGCGGAGAAGGACAAAGUGCUCAAUUCAUCUUAUGCUGCACUGAGAAGAAAUCUCUAAAGUGAACAGCUUACAAUAUACAAGGAGCCAUGAGCUUUCAAAUAAUGCAUCUCAAUGAGCUGUCUAGAACUAAUUUUUUUGAAGCUAAAACUCAGUCGAUUGGUUUUGAUUUAGGCCCCUCAUGACAAGUUGGUGUCUUGAUGAGUAGAAACACAGUUUAUGCUCAAGAGUUCCCUUGCACACAAACUGGGACUGAAGGCUUCCUGCUCUGGGAAACCUGGCAUCAAACUGCAUGCUGGCAACUGGGUAGGGAAGGGCGGCCUAGUAAAUCCAAUUUAGUAGUAGUUAGUUAGUAGUAAAAUGGAAUGUGUUUCUUCCCCAGAAUUGAGGUUCAGAAUCCUGAUUUGUGGAAGGAAACAAACGUCAGUUUGCACUGGUAGCUGCUUUUGGACAUCACAGUGAACUGGAAUUUCAUUAAUGGCUUCCCAACUAGGAAGCCUUCACCUGCAUUCUGUCAGGGACAGGAAUACUUAAGCAGUAGAACAAGUUGCAUUUGUGUCCCUUGUACAAGCACAGGUUUAUUGUGAUGCCUGAAUGUAGCCCUGCUGUGAAGAAAAGUUGGCAACAAGGCUAGAGGACUAUAGAGAGCUGUGCUGAGGAAUCCAGGACUAUGAUCUCUCACAUGGAUUUUCUAGUUAGAAGAACUUUUUAAAAAUCUUCAGUCUUUGAAACUGUAAAAUACACAAAGGUCGUUUAAUCCAGCCUUUUGCACUAUGGGAGGAUUUCCCACAUUAUUCAGAUUAUAAGAAUGCUUGUAAGCGAAAAAGCAAGACCAAGGGAGCGUGUUGGGCAAAGUAAGGAUUUAGUAAACACACAGCUGCUUUUUCUUUCCCUUAGUGUAAGGGUCUGUACCACAACUAAACUAGCUUUUGGCAGUUUUGCCCUGAGGAUUUUCUCAUUCCCUUCCCACUUUACAAAGAAUUGAAUGCAAAGUAGGGCAGUACUUAGCUGGUUUAUGAUUUUGUUGCUUCUCGCUCCUGCAGAUUUGGGGCAGAGAAGGUGGGGGCACAGGGUGUCAGGACUCCCUGGCAGGCCUGGUUAAUUUGUGUAAGAACACCAAUUCAGUUGUGGCAUGUUAAAAAAAAAAAUACAACCCUGACCCUCAUAUUGAGGGAUCCAUGACUCUGUACCUCUAAUUUCCCUUCUGAGCAUGGAUUUCCUAAUUGAAUCUUUGGGAAAAAAAUCUAAUCAGUGAAACUGCCUAAGGAGAAAACAGCUUUAUAGGCCAAGGUUAAAGCACAGCUUGGGAAUCUGCCCAAUAAAACUGCAAGGA